UUUGGGAAGUUGGCUGGCUGGCGAGGCAGAGCCUCUCCUCAAAGCCUGGCUCCCACGGAAAAUAUGCUCAGUGCAGCCGCGUGCAUGAAUGAAAACGCCGCCGGGCGCUUCUAGUCGGGCAAAAUGCAGCCGAGAACUCCGCUCCUUGUGUGCGUUCUCCUGUCCCAGGUGCUGCUGCUAACAUCUGCAGAAGAUUUGAACUGCACUCCUGGAUUUCAACAGAAAGUGUUCCAUAUCAGUCAGCCAGCUGAAUUCAUUGAGGACCAGUCAAUUCUAAACUGAUAUAUUUAAAUUUGCAAGAACUUCUCCCGUCCCAAGACAAAAGAGGUCCAUUGUGGUAUCUCCCAUUUUAAUUCCAGAGAAUCAGAGACAACCUUUCCCAAGAGAUGUUGGCAAGGUAGUCGAUAGUGACAGACCGGAAGGGUCCAAGUUCCGGCUCACUGGAAAAGGAGUGGAUCAAGAGCCUAAAGGAAUUUUCAGAAUCAAUGAGAACACGGGCAGCGUCUCGGUGACACGGUCCUUGGAUAGAGAAAUGAUCGCUACUUAUCAACUAUUUGUGGAGACCACUGAUGUCAAUGGCAAAACUCUCGAGGGGCCGGUGCCUCUGGAAGUCAUUGUGAUUGAUCAGAAUGACAACAGACCAAUCUUUCGGGAAGGCCCCUAUGUCGGCCACGUCAUGGAGGGGUCACCAACAGGGACCACAGUGAUGCGGAUGACAGCCAUUGAUGCGGACGACCCAGCCACCGAUAAUGCCCUCCUGCGGUAUAAUAUCCGUCAGCAGACACCUGACAAGCCGUCUCCCAACAUGUUCUACAUCGAUCCUGAGAAAGGAGACAUUGUCACCGUUGUGUCACCUGCACUGCUGGACCGGGAGACUCUGGAAAAUCCCAAGUACGAGCUGAUCAUCGAAGCUCAGGACAUGGCUGGACUGGACGUUGGAUUAACCGGCACGGCCACCGCCACAAUCAUGAUCGACGACAAAAACGAUCACUCGCCAAAAUUCACCAAGAAAGAGUUUCAAGCCACAGUGGAGGAAGGAGCCGUGGGAGUUAUUGUCAAUUUGACGGUCGAAGACAAGGACGACCCCACCACAGGUGCAUGGAGGGCUGCCUACACCAUCAUCAACGGAAACCCAGGGCAGAGCUUCGAGAUCCACACCAACCCUCAAACCAACGAGGGGAUGCUUUCCGUUGUCAAACCUCUAGACUAUGAGAUUUCUGCCUUUCACACGCUGCUGAUCAAAGUGGAAAACGAGGACCCACUGGUACCUGAUGUCUCCUACGGCCCCAGCUCCACAGCGACCGUCCACAUCACCGUUCUGGAUGUCAACGAGGGUCCAGUCUUCUAUCCAGACCCCAUGAUGGUGACCAGGCGGGAGAACAUCUCCGUGGGCAGCGUGCUGCUGACCGUGAACGCCACGGACCCCGAUUCCCUGCAGCAUCAAACCAUCAGGUAUUCUGUUUACAAGGACCCCGCAGGCUGGCUGAACAUCAACCCCAUCAAUGGGACUGUUGACACCACGGCUAUGCUGGACCGCGAGUCCCCGUUCGUCCACAACAGCGUGUACACUGCCCUCUUCUUGGCAAUUGACAGUGGCGACCCUCCCGCAACGGGCACUGGAACUUUGCUGAUCACCCUGGAAGACGUGAACGACAACGCUCCCUCCAUUUACCCCACGGUAGCCGAAGUCUGUGAUGACGCCAAAAACCUCAGUGUAGUCAUUCUGGGCGCGUCAGAUAAGGAUCUUCACCCAAACACAGAUCCUUUCAAGUUUGAAAUCCAUAAGCAAACUGUUCCCGAUAAAGUCUGGAAGAUCUCCAAGAUCAACAACACGCACGCCCUGGUAAGCCUUCUUCAAAAUCUGAACAAAGCAAACUACAACCUGCCCAUCAUGGUGACAGAUUCAGGGAAACCACCGAUGACGAACAUCACAGAUCUCAGGGUACAAGUGUGCUCCUGCAAGAAUUCCAAAGUGGACUGCAACGCCGCGGGGGCCCUGCGUGCCGGCGUGCCCGCGCUCUUGCUCCUCUGCCUCUUCAGUUUGGCUUGUCUGUGAGGACUCCUGGCAUCUGAAGCUUGACUCCCAGGUUUCCAUAGCAACAGGAAAAAGAAAAAAAAAAUCUAUCCAAAUCUGAAGAUUGCGGUUUACAGCUAUCGAACUUCACAACUAGGCCUCAAUUGUUCCAGAUUUUUGUUUUCUUU